AAAUGUAUAGGUGGUUCCUUCCCAAAUCAGCUCGCUAAUAUUCGGCGCGCCUCAUCCCUCGCCGAAAAUACAACCCAAUCUCGUGCCUUUUUGCGUGCAAAUUCGCAAGGUUUUCACGUUUUUUUUAACCCAUUUCCACGCCCUUCCUUUCUCAUCGUCACGGAUGUGAUUAAGCUCUAACCGAGGAGUAAUUAGCACUGACAGCUCGUGUUAACAGCAAAGAAGUUUGUUGUUUAAAUUGGGCCAUCGUCGACGAAGCUGCCAGUCGCCAUCAAUCAUCACGAGAUUCCCCCAUCCGCGAAGCAUCCCCGCCGCCGUCCACCCGUGCGGAUCGCCACGUGUCAGCAUCAGAGCCAUCUAUCCUCCUCGGGCAACACGUGUGCGCGCCCCUCUAUAAGUGGCUUCGCCUUCCAAAUUUCGCCGCCGCGAGACACGACAGAGAGAGAGAGAGAGAGAUCGCGCGCUUCUUCUUCUCCACCGCUUAGGUAAUUUUGGGUUUGCCGAUCUGUGUUGGAUAUGACGCCGCCGCCGCCGCCGCCGCGCCGCCGGAUGCUGGCGAUGCCGGCGGUGUGCCCAUGCGAGGACAUCUCGCCCGGGACGCUGCUGGCGUCGCUCGCCACGCUUUCGGCCGACGUCGCCGACGGGUGCGACGUGGACAGGCUGCCGGCGCUCCGGGGCGGCGUCGGCGUGGCCGUGCGCGUCGCCGGGUUGCUCCGGGAGUUCCUUGAGGAGGUCCGGUGGGCGGCGGCGGCGGAGCUCCCCGGUGGCUCUGUGCUGGGGAUGUCCGAGCUGCACGUGGCGUUGCAGAAGAUGCGGUUCUUGCUAGAGGAUUGCGGGAGGAAGGGGGCGCGGAUGUGGGUGCUGAUGAACGCGGAGGCUGUGGCGUCGGAGCUGCGGGUGGUGCUCGGCUCGGUGGCGACGGCGAUGGACGUGCUCCCCGCCGGCGUGGUCGCGGCGUCCGACGACGCCAGGGAGUUCGCGGCGCUGGUGUCGCAGCAGGCGUGGCGCGCCGCGGUGCGGCCGGACGAGGAGGACUCCCGCGCGGCACGGAGCGUGCGGUCGAUGCUGGCGCGGUUCAGGAGCGGCGCCACGCCGGACGCCGAGGACGCGAGGCUGGUGCUCGGCCGCGUCGGCGUCGCCAGCUGGUGGGACUGCUCCCAGGAGGUGUCCUUCCUCGAGGCCGAGAUGCUCGAGCGGCUGGAGGCCGGCGGCGAGAACGACAACGACCUCGUGCUCAUCAGCGGCCUCUUGACGUUCCUGCUCUACUGCCGCGUCGUCCUGUUCGACCGCAUUGAUUACGGCAAGGCUGAUGAGCCGGCGCCGGCGCCGGCGCCGAGGGCGGCGAGCUACUUGGCGCGAAUCAAUCCGGAGGGGCUGCAAUGCCCGAUCACGCUGGAGCUGAUGACUGAUCCGGUGACAUUGGCCACCGGCCAGACCUACGACCGCGCGUCGAUCAAGCGGUGGGUGAAGAGCGGGUGCCGGACGUGCCCCGUCACCGGCGAGAAGCUCCGUAGCGCCGACGUCGUGCCGAACGUCGCGGUGCGCGGGAUCGUCGAGCAGCUGCUGCUCAGCAGCGGCGUCUCGCUCCACGAGCCGAGCAGCAAGCACCGGUGCGCGGUCGACAAGACGGCCUCGCCGUUCGGUGCCGCGGCGGCCGGCGGCGCGCGCCUCGCCGUGGCGUUCCUCGUGUCCAAGCUGUGCCGUGGCACGCCGGAGGAGCAGAAGAAGGCGACGUACGAGUGCCGGAAGCUGUCGAAGCGGAACGUGUUCCACCGGGCGUGCCUCGUCGACGCCGGCGCCGUGCCAUGGCUGCUCCACCUCCUCUCCUCCCCGGACGCCUCCGUCCAGGACAAUGCCGUGGCUGGCCUCCUCAACCUCUCCAAGCACCCCGCCGGCAGGAGGGCGCUCGUCGAGGCCGGCGGGCUGGGCCUCAUCGUCGACGCCGUGAGCGUGGCCGCCAAGGUGGAGGCGCAGCAGAACGCGGCGGCCAUCCUGUUCUACCUCUCGUCGGACGCCGGCUACUGCGAUGAGAUCAGCCGCAUCCCGGAGGCGAUCCCGACGCUGGUCCGGCUCGUGCGGGAGGGCGCGUACCGCGGCCGGAAGAACGCGCUGGUGAGCCUCUACGGCGUGCUCCAGCGCGGCGCGGGCGGCCACGGCAGGGCGGUGUCCGCCGGCGCCGUGGCGGCGCUCGCGUCCCUGCUGCCCGGCGACCGCGACGACCUCGCCAACGACGCCGUCGCGCUGCUGGCGAGGCUCGCCGAGCAGCCCGCCGGCGCGGCGGCCGUCCUCUCCAGCUCGGCGCUCGUCACGCGGCUCGUCGACUUCCUCGGCGCGUCGGCGUCGCGGUCGGCCAAGGACCACUGCGCGGCGCUGCUGGCGUCGCUGUGCCGGCACGGCGGCGACGCGGUGGUCGCCCUGCUGGGGAAGACGCCGGGGCUGAUGCCGUCCCUGUACGCGCUCAUCGCCGACGGCGGCGCGCAGGGGAGCAAGAAGGCGAGGUGGCUCGUCAACGAAAUCCACCGGCAUUACGAGCAGCGGCAGCCGCCGGUGGCCGCGCCGCCGGCCGGCGACCGUGUCAUUCGAGUAUAGUACACGAAUCCUUUUUUUUUUUGGGAGAAUCGUAUAGUACACGCGCGAGCUUUGUGGUAUAUACGGUGUACAUUUGAAUUUGGAUUUUUUGGGGAUGUAAAUAUUUUCUGUCCCGGCUUGAAUUUUUGAAGAGCAGGGAUGGAUUUUGAUUUUUCGUUUUACUCCACUGUGAUACACGCACGCAUGUACAUUUAUUUAUGUGUGUAUAGUUGUACAGACACAAUAAUGUAUAAUUGUACGAGUGACUAAAGUGGUUUGCAACUCUGCAUUUUUCUUCUA